AUGUCUGCCGGUGACGACCAGUCUCUCCUCGACCGCGUCGAGAUCCCUAGCAUCCCCAAGGACGCGGCCAGGAAGAUCGCUUACUUGGAGGAGGAGUUUAUCCGUGCUGAGGUUGACCAAUUGCGCAAGUCGGUCCCCGUCCUCAAGCCGCUGUUCCAGAAGCGCAAUGAGAUCAUCAACAUCCCCGACGUGCAGAGCGACUUCUGGAUCCGCGUAUUCUCCAGCGCGCCCGCCGAGGUCGACGAGUACGUCCUGCCGACCGACGCGGCGGCGCUGGGCUCGGCCCUGAAGAACCUGACGGUGGAGCGGUUCGAGGUCAACGACAAGGGCGAGGGCGAGCCGCGCAGCCUGCGGUUCACCUUCGACUUCCACACCGGCGAGAACAACCCGUUCUUCGAGAACUCGCAGCUGGUUAAGGAGUUUUCCUGGCGCAAGCAGAUCACCAAGACCGCCAAGGGCAAGUCCCGCACCUGGGAGGGUCUGGUCUCCGAGCCCGUGCGCAUCAACUGGAAGAAGGACAUGGAUCUGACCAAGGGUCUCCUGGACGCUGCCUGCGACUUGGCCGACGCCGAGAAGAAGCAGGGCGGUGACCGCAAGAAGCUGCCCCAGUACGAGGCCCUCGUUAAGAAGGUUGCCGAGGCCGAGGCCGAGGCUAUGAACGCCGACGAGGACGACGACGAGGGUAUGGAGAGCCCUGCCGGCCUGAGCUUCUUCGCCUGGUUCGGUUACCGCGGCCGCGAUGUCUCUGCGGAGCAGUCCAAGCAGGCUACCAAGGAGGACGACGAGCGGUGGGCCAAGAUCGUCAAGGGCGAGAAUGUCGACGAGGACGAGGACGAGGACGAUGAGGAUGAUGAUGACGACGACGAGGAGGAUGACCUCGAGGACGCCGAGAUCUUCGCCGACGGCGAGGAGCUUGCUGUUGCCAUUGCCGAGGACCUCUGGCCCGAGGCCCUCAAGUAUUACGUGCAAUCGUUCGAGAUCGGUGAUGACCUUUCCGAGAUCGACAUCGACGAGAUGGAUGAGGAUGAGGAUGAAGCGGAAGGCGAGGACGCGCAGCCGCGCAAGAAGGCGCGCACCUAA